CUAAGUACAAUUCCAAGACAACUUCCAGAAGACCAGCUUACCUUCAGCCUAGCGCUGUACUUGUUAUCCUUUGUCGUUGCUGCAUUUACAAAACCAGACGACCUGCCAUAUUCCCGGGGCAAUGGGAGAAUAGUGGAGCUUGUUAAUAGGCAGCCCCAGGCUUAUUGACUACCACAACUGCUGCUACGUACUGGCUUCUCUCGAGCACACCCUCCGAACGGACUGCGCCGUGUAAGGCUGCUUCAGCCAACAGCACACCACACGAUGAUACGACUCUCCCAGCUGCCAGGGAGCCUUCUGGCGUCCCUGCUGGCAGCAACUCUCUUCAAAGCCCAGCCGACAUGCGCCGCGCCGUCUGUCGAGAUCGCCAUGAAGGCUGCAUUUCCCUCGCCUCCGUAUAUGAUAGAGCUGCUCGAGACUGCCGCCCAGGAGAAUGCGUCAAGCUACUUCCCCCUUCUCGACCGUAUCGCAGACGGCUACUUCUCCGAACUCAAAACCGACGCAGAAUUGUACGCGAGCUUCCUCUCCGUCCUCCAGGAGGAUGGUUUCAUUACCACCGACGAGGACCUGUCCAUCUUGAAGCUGGCCUUGUCGACAAGGUCGGCCGUCCCGCGGAUCGAAGCACAUUACCAGUACUACCAGACAGGCGUCGAGCCAACGCUACAGGGGGACCAAGCUGGAUGUGAUGCUUGGGCAAUAUGGGAGGGCCAGCAACAUUGUAUACCCAGCCUGGACGCCGGCCAGGCCCGCGGCGAUGUCUCAGAACGACAGGACCGAGAUCUGCCUUUCGACCGCUCUCUUGGUGAUGGCCCUAGCUGUAUUCUGUACGCCGACAUCACCUCGCCACGAUUUGCGCCGUUCCACAAGGUGCUGUCAGAGAAGGCACUGAACCGAGAGUGCACUUACAAGCUCCGCCACCGGAGGCUGUCCUACGAGGAUCUCGAGCCGCUACCCGUCAGUGGCUAUGGUGUUGCCCUCCAGCUGAAGAGGACCGACUACAUUGUCAUCGACGACCGCAAGGCAGAGGAGGAUGCGUCGCAGAAGGUCAUGGCAUCCGAAGUCGUCCUCGACCAGGAGGAAGAGGUUACUGACCUCAAGCCACUGUCCACGUCGGAGCUGUCCUCCCUUGCUCUGAAGGCAUCGUCUUUCAUCAUGCAGAGCGAGGACCCCUUUAGCACAUUGCUUAAGUUGACCCAGGACUUCCCAAAGCAUUCCAGCUCACUUGCCGCCCAUAAUGUCUCGGAUGAGUUCUACAACGAGCACAAGGGCAACCGGGCCGAGCUGGUCCCCGCCGGGACCAACGUGCUGUGGAUGAAUGGCGUCCAGCUCGUUGAAAGACAGAUGGAUGCCUUUACUCUGGUGGACUUGUUGAGGAGCGAGCGGAAGCUCAUCAACGGCGUCACCGACCUGGGCUUGACCGGGGAGGAGGCCAUUGACCUUCUCACCCACCAGUCCGUGGCUGCUGCCAAGGCAACCGACGAUGUUCAGAGGUUUGUCUGGCAUGAUGGGCCCGAGGAUGGCAAGGUCAUUGUAUACUUGAACAACGUCGAGAAGGACAAGCGAUAUGAGGGCUUCCCCAAGCACCUGAUGAGUCUUCUCCAAGGGGGCGGCAUGCCGGGCCAAUUGCCUCAAAUUCGCCGUGACAUCUUCAACGUGGUCUUCCCCCUGGAUCUCACCAACGAAGAAGACGUUGCUUUGGUGACAAAGCAACUCCAGGAGUUCGUCAAGCGGAAGCUUCCUGUCAGGUUCGCGAUUGUUCCUCUGGCUUCCACCGAUGCCUCCGAGCGCCAGGCCAGGAUAGUCUAUAACUUGGUUGAGACAUACGGCCUCGGCGCGAUGAUGGCAUACCUUCAGACUGCCAUUGAAGACAAGAAGACUGCAGAUGCGGACAAGGCAACCUUCGAGACGGCAGUCACUAACAGGACAUUGCGUGAAGAUGCCACCGCCUUGUCAUUUGAAGACGUGCUGGCAUCUGAGCACCACGCAGAGCAAAUUCGUCUUUCCGAGGUUUGGGCUGAUCGAUUGCGUGCACAUGGUCCUACCCCUGUCUUCUUCGUCGACGGCCUUCCCAUGCCCCGUCAAGGCAACUGGGUGCAACCUAUGAGCCAGGCAAUUGGAAUGGAUCUGCAGAUGCUUCGCCAGGCCCUCUUCUAUGGUGAAGUCGACGAAGACAUGUGGAUUCCCGACUACUUCCUGCAGAAUGCCGCCAAGCGUCGCAACACUGUCAUUUUCUCGAACGAUCCAAAGGACCUGAAGGUGCUGGAUGUCAACAAGCUGCACUCGGAGCAUGCAGACCUGUUUGAGAUAAUUCCGGUGCUCGAGUCUUACCCGGACUCUACCAAGGAGAACUGGGCAGUGCUGACACUGGUUCUUGACCUCACCAAUCCUGAAGGCGUCAAGCUCGCUGCCUCGGCUUUGCAGUUCCGAUCCAACAACCCUGGCAUCCGUCUCGAUAUUAUUCACAACCCCGUGGAGUCAGAGGAGGCGCACAAGAUCAACUCUGCGCUCAAGGCCAGCCAGUCGGACCUCGCAGCCGCGGAUUCUGAGGAACUGCUCAAGCUCAUCAUCGACGCCAGCGAGGGCUUAACGGAGGUCAAUGACCUCUAUGACUCUGCUUUACGCCGUUUCCUGGUGACCGCGGCUAUCCGACCCGGACAGAACAUGCUCAUCCUCAACGGCCGCAUUGUCGGGCCUGUCGAGUCAGCAGCAGACUUCAAUGCAGAUGAUUAUCAGCUCUUCUUGGACAUCGAACAGAAGGCAAGGAUACUGCCAGUCUAUAAUGCGGUCGAGGAUCUUGGUCUUGCGGAGAAGGUCUCCGGCCCUCUGGCAGCUGCCAAGGUCACUUCAAUCACUGCGCUGUCUACCAUGCCAGACUUGCCCGAGGGUAUUUUCGAGUCUGGCUCUCCGCUCAGGAUCUCUGCAUUCAACGUCUGGAACUCCACACAUACUGCGUUCGAGAUUGGUGACAAGUCAAAGGCCACGAUUCAGCUCGUGGCCGUCAUCAACCCUGCUAGUGAGCAGGGUCAAAGAUGGGUACCAAUCCUAAAAGUUCUCUCUGAGCUCUCGGGGGUUUAUCUCAAGGUUUUCAUCAAUCCUAAGGAAAAGCUGGAAGAGCUUCCGGUGAAGCGAUUCUACAGAUAUGUUCUUGACCAUGCUCCUGUCUUUGAUGAGUCAGGGAAGGUCAAAUCUCCCGCCGCAGAGUUCAAGAGCCUGCCCUCCGAAGCAUUGCUGAACGUUGCCAUGGACGUGCCUCCUGCGUGGCUCGUAGCUGCCAAGGAAUCUGUACAUGAUCUGGACAAUCUCAAGCUCAGCUCAAUCAAGAGCGAUAUCGAAGUUGUUUACGAGCUCGAAAACAUUCUCAUCGAAGGUCACUCCAGGGAGUCCACGGGAGCUCUUCCGCGCGGCGCCCAGCUGGCGCUCAGCACCGAGAAGGACGCCAAGGUAGCAGACACCAUUGUCAUGUUCAAUCUUGGAUAUUUCCAAUUCAAGGCCAACCCAGGCUUCUACAACAUCCAGUUGAAGGAAGGGCGCAGCUCUGAUAUCUACUACAUCGAGAGUGUCGGUGCCAAGGGCUACAGUCCUGUGCCGGGUGACGAGGGAACCGAGACCGCAUUGAUGAACUUCAUGGGUACCACGCUCUACCCGCGCAUCAACCGAAAGCCCGGGAUGGAGGAAGCUGACGUGCUCGAAGAGACUGAUGGAGGCGGUGUCUUCAACGCCGUGUCUAAGGGGCUCAAGUUCGGCAAGGACCUAUUUGGCGUCAAGACUAAGUCUGCCUCGGACGAAGAGCACGCCGAGAUCAACAUCUUCUCAGUCGCCAGUGGGCAUCUGUACGAGCGCAUGCUGAACAUCAUGAUGCUCAGCGUCAUGAAGAACACGAAACACUCGGUCAAGUUCUGGUUCAUCGAGCAAUUCCUCUCCCCGGCAUUCAAGGACUUCCUCCCCUUCAUGGCCGAGGAGUACGGCUUCAAGUACGAGAUGGUGACCUACAAGUGGCCCCACUGGCUCCGCCAGCAAAAGGAGAAGCAGCGCGAAAUCUGGGGCUACAAGAUCCUCUUCCUUGACGUUCUCUUCCCACUGUCCCUGGACAAGGUGAUCUUUGUGGACGCCGACCAGAUCGUCCGCACGGACAUGUACAAUCUGGUGCAGCACGACCUCGAGGGCGCCGUGUACGGGUUCACGCCCAUGUGCGAUUCCCGUACCGAGAUGGAAGGCUUCCGCUUCUGGAAGCAGGGGUACUGGGCAAACUACCUCCGCGGCCAGCCAUACCACAUCUCGGCGCUAUACGUGGUCGACCUCCGCCGCUUCAGGGAGCUGGCGGCCGGAGACAGGCUCCGCCAGACGUACCACACGCUCUCGGCGGACCCCAACUCGCUGUCCAACCUCGACCAGGACCUGCCCAACCACAUGCAGUUCCAGAUCCCCAUCCACAGCCUGCCUCAGGAGUGGCUUUGGUGCGAGACGUGGUGCAGCGACGAGACCUUCGCCGAGGCCAAAACGAUUGAUCUGUGCAACAACCCGCAGACAAAGGAGCCUAAGCUCGACAGGGCCAGGAGGCAGGUGCCUGAGUGGACGCCGUAUGACGAGGAGAUUGCGGCGCUGGACCGCAGGAGGAAGGGCAUCGCGGACGGGGAGAAGGAGAAGGUCUUUAGGGGCGAUGGGGAGGAGCUCAAGGAGCCUCAGGAGGAGAAGAAUUCCAAGAGUAGGGCCUUUGAAGGGGAGGAUCCUGAGGCUACGCCACAUGUGAAGGAUGAGUUGUAAGAUGGAGCGCUUUUAUAGAAACAAAUAGAGUAUCAAAUGAUUGUUUCG